AGCGCGAGGUCACGUGGGGCGCGGUCGCUGCCCGGGAGACGCGGCGAGAUGCUGUGCGCCCGGAGGCUGGGCGGCCUGCGGGCCGGGCUCCGCGUGCGGCGGGUCAGUACCCGCUGGUCCCCGGUGGGCGCCGCCUUCACCGUGCAGCCCCAGGGCCGCCGCCUGGACCGGUCCGGCGAGCGCGGGGGCCUCUUUGGCGUACCCGAGCUCAGUGCCCCAGAAGGAUUCCGCGUGGCCCAGGAGAAGGCCCUGAGGAAGACGGAGCAGCUGGUGAGGCGCGUGUGCGCCACGCCACCCGGGCCGCAGACCGUGCUCAUCUUCGACGAGCUCUCAGACUCCUUGUGCAGGGUGGCCGACCUGGCCGAUUUUGUGAAGAUUGCUCACCCCGAGGUGGCGUUCAGGGAGGCCGCGGAGGAGGCUUGUCGGAGCAUCGGCACCAUGGUGGAGAAGUUGAACACAAAUGUGGAUUUAUAUCAAAGUUUGCAGAGGUUACUAGCUGAUAAGAAACUUGUGGAUUCCCUUGAUCCGGAAACCAGGCGAGUGGCCGAACUGUUUAUGUUCGAUUUUGAAAUCAGUGGAAUCCAUCUAGACCAAGAAAAGCGUAAAAGAGCUGUGGACCUGAAUGUUAAAAUCUUGGAUCUGAGCAGCGCAUUUCUCAUGGGAACCCACUUCCCCAACACGAUUGGGAAGCACCUCCUGCCAGAACGCAUCCGGCAUCACUUCGAGCUGGCCGGGGACCAUGUGGUGGUGGACAGUCUGCGUGCAGAAGUGCCCGACGACUUGGUGCGAGAAGCUGCUUAUAAAAUUUUUCUUUAUCCCAAUGCUGGUCAAUUGAAACGUCUAGAAGAGUUGCUCAGCAGCAGAGACCUCCUGGCAAAGUUGGUAGGGUAUCCUACCUACUCCCACAGGGCCCUCCAGGGAACAAUCGCCCAAAGUCCAGAGACUGUCAUGGAGUUCCUUGAGAAACUGUCCGACAAACUCUCUGAAAGAACUAUGAAAGAUUUUGAGAUGAUUCGAGGGAUGAAAAUGAAACUAAACCCUCAAAAUUCUGAAUUGAUGCCCUGGGACCCCCCGUACUACAGCGGACUGAUUCGGGCUGAGAGGUUCAACAUCGAGCCCAGUCUCUACUGCCCGUUCUUCUCCCUGGGCGCCUGCAUGGAGGGCCUGAGCCUCCUGUUCAACAGGCUGCUGGGGGUCUCGCUGUACGGGGAGCAGCCCGCGAAGGGUGAGGUGUGGAGUGAGGACGUCCGCAAACUGGCCGUGGUUCAUGAAUCAGAAGGACUGCUGGGAUACAUUUACUGUGACUUUUUUCAGCGAGCAGACAAACCACACCAGGAUUGCCACUUCACCAUCCGAGGAGGUCGUUUAAAGGAAGACGGGGACUACCAGCUCCCAGUGGUGGUCCUUAUGCUGAACCUGCCCCAGUCCUCAAGAAACUUGCCCACGCUGUUGACUCCCGGGAUGAUGGAGAACCUUUUCCAUGAGAUGGGCCAUGCCAUGCACUCGAUGCUGGGACGGACUCGAUACCAGCAUGUCACUGGGACCAGGUGCCCCACGGACUUUGCCGAGGUCCCAUCUAUCCUGAUGGAGUAUUUUGCCAACGAUUACCGCGUGGUUCACCAGUUUGCCCGACACUAUCAGACGGGCCAGUCGCUGCCCAGAAAUAUGGUGUCUCGUCUUUGUGAAUCUAAAAAGGUCUGUGCCGCAGCAGACAUGCAGCUUCAGGUCUUCUACGCCGCCCUGGACCAGAUCUACCAUGGGAAGCACCCGCUCCAGAGCUCGACCACAGACAUCCUCAGGGACACCCAGGAGCGGUUCUACGGCCUGCCCUACGUCCCCAACACUGCCUGGCAGCUGCGCUUCAGCCACCUGGUGGGUUAUGGCGCCAAGUACUACUCCUACCUGAUGUCCAGGGCCGUGGCGUCCAUGGUCUGGAGAGAGUGCUUCCGGCAGAACCCUUUCAACAGGGCAGCGGGGGAGCGCUAUCGCCGGGAGAUGCUGGCCCACGGCGGGGGCAGGGAGCCCAUGCUCAUGGUGCAAGGUAUGCUUCAGAAGUGUCCUUCUAUUGACGACUUUGUAAACACCCUCGUUUCCGACCUGGACCUAGACUUCGAGACCUUCCUCAUGGAUUCUACGUGAGGGAGACACCUGAGUCCUUUAGAUCAGGGUCAUGGUGACGCUGAUUCUGUUGUAAGUGUUGCAGCUACGAACACUUGUUUCUGAGUUCCGUCUUCACUUCUGUGAUAACUUGUGAAAAGCCUCAAACCCAUGGAUCUUGGAAUAAAUGGUUUGUUUUUUUUUU